GUUAGACGGUGUCCACCAUAUCUCGUAUUUCUAGUCCAGCCCAGGCUAGGGCUUAUAUUUGUUUGUUGUGUGUCUGAGACUCUCUCUCUCUCUCUCUCUGGUCUAAGGAAUAAUGGAGACUUCAAUUAGAUAUGGCGGAGAUUCCAGAGCUGUGAAAUUCCAUGCCAAAGAGAACCUCCCAAUCGACUCCAACACCAACUUACAGUGGCAGGUUCAUGGAGAGCUAGAUACAAAAGAUGGAGCUCCAAGUUAUUUAAGUGCAAUGAUAAGGCACUUCUAUCCAGAUUUGUCAGCUAGUCUUGGUGUUGGAUUGCAAUAUGAUAGAAAGGAGAAGCUCCGGUACAGUGUGCGUGGAAAGAAGUCAUUUCCUGUGACUCCUAAUGGAUUGUUACGGUUUAAUAUCAAGGGGCGGUGUGACGUUGAUAAAGAAUUUAAAGAGAGGAAAUCAAGAGGAGCUGCUGAGUUUACUUGGGGCAUUCUCAAUUUCCAGAAAGACCAAGAUAUAAGGCUUAAAGUUGGGUAUGAAGUCUUUGACAAGCACAAAUUUAUGAUGAUUCUGGCUAGAAAUGUUUCAUCCAGUAACAGUGUGGCAGUUCAGCACUUGUGUGUGAGUCAAUCUUUGCGGGCACAACCAUCAAGGUUCCAUACCUGCAGGUCAGGGAAAAUAACUGGACGCUCAAUGUUGACGUUAAUGGCAGAUGGAAUGUGAGAUAUGAUUUGUGAGAAGGGGAGAGCUUGAUAUAUUCAUUUGAGGUGAGCUAUUAAUUGCAGAGAAGAUGAUCAAAAAAAUUAUAUGCAGAGAAGAUAUCCUCUCAUGCCUGUUUCCAUUUCCAAUAAACAAAAUAACUGAUAUAUUGUCAAUGUUAGGCUUCAUUUUAAACUUACAUUUCUAAUAUUUUGUGAAGACUUAACCAUUGCAUGGUUGCUAUGGAGGAGGUUAUCUGCCACCUGUUAAGGGAGGGGUUCAAUCUCUUACCAAGUAUCUAUGGUAGAUUCCUUCAUUAGUGUUGUUGUCCUCAUAAGUUUUAUUUGUUGGGCAGGUGGGAUUGGCGUUAGAUGAAUGAUCAUAAGAUCUCUCUUCGCUCUCAUUUCCUACA